AAAUCGAUUGAUUAAACUUUCAUUUUUUUCGAUUAUGUUCCUGUUGUUAACGAUAUUGUUUUAACACUUUAUACAAUGUAGUAUUUUUACUCGCAGUAAUGAAGGGCUAUUGUUUGAAUAAAGCAACAUAAAUGUGUGUCUUUGGUGUUUUAAUGAAGGAUAAAGUGUCCAAACACAGAGAAAAACUCCUGCUGAAGCGACUGAUCUCCACACUGUUAUAAAGAUGGCGUUUAUUAAAGAGGAGAGUGAAGAUGUGAAGAUUGAAGAAACAUUCACAGUCAAACAUGAAGAUCUGCAGGAACAAACAGACCUAAUUGAAGAGAAUAAGGGGAGUAAAGAGGAGGAACAUCAUGUGAACAUUGAGGAAAAAACUCAUUUACAGACUGGUGGUAUUACGAAAAGAAGAGAAGAGAAUCGUUUCACUUGCACUCAGUGUGGAAAGAGUUUUGGAAGAAAAGGCUAUCUUAAGAUUCACAUGAGGAUCCACACCGGAGAGAAACCAUUCACAUGCACUCAGUGUGGGAAGAGUUUCAGCCACUCAUCAGACCUUAAUAAACACAUGAAAACCCACACUGGAGAAAAACCAUUCACAUGCUCUCAGUGUGGGAAAAGUUUCAGCCAAUCAGCACACCUUAAUCAACACAUGAGGAUCCACACCGGAGAGAAACCAUUCACAUGCACUCAGUGUGGGAAGAGUUUCAUCCGCUCAUUAUCCUUUAAUCUACACAUGAGGAUUCACACUGGAGACAAACCAUUCACAUGCACUCAGUGUAGGAAGAGUUUCAGCCACUCAUCAGACCUUAAUAAACACAUGAAGACCCACACAGGAGAGAAACCAUUCACAUGCACUCAGUGUGGGAAAAGUUUCAGCCAAUCAGCACACCUUAAUCAACACAUGAGGAUCCACACCGGAGAGAAACCAUUCACAUGCACUCGGUGUGGGAAAAGUUUCAGCCACUCAUCAUCCCUUAAUAAACACAUGAUGAGCCACACAGGAGAGAAACCAUUCACUUGUACUCAGUGUGGGAAGAGUUUCAGCCAAUCAUCUCACCUUAAUAAACACAUGAUGAGCCACACCAUUCAGAGAUAUCAUUCACUUGCACUUAAGCCGCAGCCACACUAGACUUUUCUCCCCGCGAAUGCGUCAGACUGGAAAUGCAAGUUUGUGCAUCAAGUUUCGCAGUUCACUGCAUUGCAAAGUUCAAGCUUGGUGAACUCUGACCUGCGAAAUCACUUUACUUGACUCUGUGAGACUAAUCAAAGAUCAAAACAUGACCUCUCUGGACAGAAAUUUAAAAUAUGGACCAUCGCUCACUUUUUUAAAUAUCUAAUCAUCUUGUUUAAUCCUGCCCUUUUUCGCAGCGCCGUUCAACAGAAUUUCACAUGCUCAAACUCUAAUGUGACCGCAGCUUCGGUGUGGGAUGAGUUUCAGCAACUCCUCAGACUUUAAUAAACACAUGAAGACCCACACUGGAGAGAAACCAUUCACAUGCACUCAGUGUGGGAAGAGUUUCAACCGAUCAGCAAACCUUAAUGAACACAUGAAGAUCCACACUAGUGUGAAAGAGUAUAUGUGCUUUGAGUGUGAGAAGACUUUUAUUACAGCUCCAAAAUUUAAACUGCAACAAACGAUUCACACUGAAGAGACAGUACAAGUGUUCACACUGUGACAGGAGGUUUAAUCAGUUAACAUAUCUGAAAACACAAAAGAGGAUUCACACUGGAAUGAAACUGUACAGAUCUGAUCAGUGUCUACAGAGUUUUGCUCCUUCGGCGCAGCAUAAGAAACACAUGGACAAAAAGUUGCACACAUGACAUGAAUGCAGCAAUACAUUUUCUCAUGUGCACAGGAUGUUUCAUGUUUGAAUAAUGUUUGAAAAGGCUGAGUGACGGUAUACUGUUUUCCACACUCCUACACCGCAGUAGGUCGGGUUGCAAAUGUGUUGCGCUCCUCGCGUUUACCGUAAACACGAUGGCGGCUGAGCUCCAGGACGGUUAGUUUGCAGUAAACCAGGGCCUCAAGUUUAGAAAGCCCAUUCAAUUGUCCUGUGUUGCAGCUUUUAUUAGUAAAGUUUCUUUACUUUUAGGUUCAAGAUUAUUUCUAGUUUACUACCUUUAAUUUUUUGAGUAGAAUACAAACCUGAUGAAUAUUUUAUGAUUUGGGCAGAGCGACAGGUAUUAAGUUUUACAAUAUUAAUACACUGUGAUGAUCUCAAGACUCCAGAUUGGAGUAUGUGGUAAAUCCUGAUUGGAUGCCUGCAUUACUCAUCAAUGGGUCUAUAAAAGUUGUUGUGCUAGCUACCCCAGGACGCUGUGGCUACUCAGGAAUCCUCAUGUCAAGACCUGCCAUCUCAUUGACUCUUUAACCUUAUGGUUUUAUUUUGCAUUACUUGUAUCAUGUAGUUAAAGUGUUGUUGUGAUUUUAUCCUAAGUUCUUUAUCUACAUUAUUAUCCCUAGACAUUUGUUGGUUGCUUUGAUUGAUUGUUCUAUGAGUUACAUUUUAUAAUAAAUAAUUUGCAUUCAGGCUA